GUGAGGAUUAUGGAAGAGGCAAUGGGACCAUGUGUUUUUGUGCAGUUUCUUUUCAACGUGGUAGUAAUGUGCAUCUACGCCUUCGUAUUGGCCGGGGUUCGCAAUAUGAAUGUUGGAAGCCUCGCGAUAUGUUUAACAAACCUCAUUUCCACUUGUGUCGAGAACUUCGGCUACUGCUGGUUUGGGAACGAAAUAAUAUCACAGAGCGAGCAGCUGGCCUUCUCGGCGUACAGCAGCGGUUGGGUGGGCAGCGGCAGCCGCUACCAGAAGUCCCUGAUGGUACUGACGAUGCGAGCCCAGCGCCCGCUGUGCCUCACCGUGGGCAGCCUCUACACACUCUCCAGGGAGACCUUCCUCACGCUUCUAAAUGGGUCGUACAGCUUCCUUGCUGUUCUGCUUCAGCUGAACAACUCCAACUGAGAACUGGACUCGAC